UAAAACAUUUAAAUGGUACCUACAGCAGUCUGAAGGGUUGAUCUCUCAGAUGGGCUUUAACUACAUCCCAAAGAGCAGGUUAGAGGGUGCUGAGAGAACAGACACGGUGGAUAGGCUGGUGGAGACCUACGGCUCUGACAAUGCCUUGAAGAUCUCAAAGGGGAUCUUGGAAAAGAUGAAUAACUCCAAUACAAAUGAGUGUGCUGUGGUGUGCCAAACUGAAACAAUGAGAAAGCACAAAGACAGGCUGAAGAAGAAGUAUGAAAAAAUAUCUGAGGGCAUAGGUAGACGAGGAAUGACCAAACGUCUGGACAACAUCUAUACUGAGCUCUACAUCACAGAGGGUGGAAGUGGAGAGGUAAAUAGGGAACAUGAGGUCAGACAGAUUGAGACAACCAGGAAACAAGCGGGACUAGAGCUGGUGAUUAAAUAUAAUGACAUCCUCAAACCCACACCUGGACAAGACAGACCUAUCAGAACUGUGCUGACAAUGGGUGUAGCUGGCAUUGGAAAAACAGUCUCUGUGCAGAAAUUCAUUCUGGACUGGGCUGAAGGAAAUGCCAAUCAGGACAUCCAGUAUAUAUUUCCAUUUCCAUUCCGGGAGCUGAAUUUGAUAAAGAAGAAUUACAGUUUGGUGGGGCUCAUUGAUAAAUAUUUUGGAAACCCCGGAUUCAUUAACUUUGACAAGUGCAAAGUUCUGUUCAUCUUUGAUGGUCUGGAUGAGUGCAGACUUCCCCUAGACUUUUACAACAAUGAAUGUGUGUCUAAUGUCACAGAACCAACCUCAGUGGAUGUGCUGCUAACAAACCUCAUCAAGGAUAAUCUUCUUCCAUCUGCUCUCCUCUGGAUAACUACCAGACCUGCAGCAGCCAAUCAGAUCCCUUCAGGGUUUGUUGACCAGGUGACAGAGGUCAGAGGGUUCAAUGACCCACAGAAAGAGGAGUACUUCAGGAAGAGAUUCAAUGAUGAGAACCUGGCCAGCAAAGUCAUCAACCACAUAAAAACAUGCAAAAGCAUCCACAUCAUGUGUCACAUACCAGUUUUCUGUUGGAUAUCAGCCACUGUCUUUGAGAUGUUGAAAAUCCCCCCUGUCUUUGAAAUCCCCCAAACUCUGACUCAGAUGUAUGAACACUUCCUGCUCAUCCAAACCAGUAUGAAAAACAAAAAGUACAACAAAUCCACAGAAACAAAUCCAAAGGAACUGUCUCAGUCAGACAAAGACAUGAUCCUGAAGUUGUCAAAGCUGGCUUUCCAACAGCUUCAGAAGGGCAACCUGAUCUUCUAUGAGGAGGACCUGAGAGAGUGUGACAUUGAUGUCUCAGAGGCUUCAGAGUACUCAGCACUGUGUACAGAGAUCUUUAAAGAAGAAUCUGGGUUUUACCAAGAGAAGGUCUUUAGCUUUGUUCAUCUGAGCAUUCAGGAGUUCCUAGCAGCAGUACAUGUUCUAGAAUCUUGUCUGGGCAAGGAGGAACAUGUCUUCCCCCCCAUUAAGAACCCAGAUCGGCAAUAUUAUAUGAAAGUGUUGCUUCCGACAGACAAGUUAUCUUUCUUAGACAGGGGAGCAGACAGGCUAUCUGACUUACACAGGAGAGCAGUACAUCAGGCCUUGAAGAGUGAGAAUGGACACCUGGACCUGUUCCUCCGCUUCCUUCUGGGUCUCUCACUGGAGUCCAAUCAGAAUCUCUUACAAGGUCUUCUGACACAGACAGGAAGUACAACACAGAGUAAUGAGGAAACAGUUAAGAGAACAGUAGAGUACCUGUCAGAGAUGAUCAAUAAAGAAUCCUCACCAGAAAGGAUCAUCAACUUGUUUCACUGUCUGACUGAAAUUGGUGCCAACUAUCUAGUUGACGAGAUUCAAACCUCCCUACGAUCAGGGACUCUUUCAAAAACAAAACUACAACCUCACCAAUGUUCAGCUCUGGCCUACCUGUUGCUGAUGUCAGAGGAGAUACUGGAAGAGUUUGACAUGAAAACAUACAAGACAUCAAAGGAAGGUUAUCGGAGGUUGCUGCCGGUAGUGAAAACCUGUAAGAAAGCAAUACUGUCAGGUUGUGGAAUCACUGAGAAAGGUGGUGGUUCUCUGGUCUCAGCUCUGAAGUCAAACCCCUCACAUCUGAAAGAGCUGGAUCUGAGUAACAAUGUCCUUAAGGAUUCAGGAGUGAAGCUGCUCUCUGAUAUGUUGGAUGAUCCACAAUGUAGACUGGAGACUCUGAGGCUGUCAUUCUGUGGAGUCACAGAGGAAGGCUGUGAUUCACUGGCCUCAGCUCUGAUGUCAAAAUCCUGCCACCUAAGAGAGCUUGACCUGAGUAACAAUGACCUGGGGAAUUCAGGAGUGAAGCGUCUCUCUUCUGGACUGGGAAAUCCACAUUGUAAACUGGAAACACUGAGGUUGUCAGGCUGUCUGGUCACAGAGGAAGGCUGUGUUUCUCUGGUAUCAGCUCUGAAGUCAAACCCCUCACAUCUGAAAAAACUGGAUCUGAGCUACAAUCACCCAGGAGACUCAGGAGUCAGACUGCUCUCUGCUGGACUGGAGGAUUCACACUGGAGACUGGAGAAACUCAAUAUGGAUCAUGGUGGAGAGUGGAGGUUGAAAUCAGGACCGAAGAAAUAUGUCUGUGAUCUCACACUGGACCCAAACACAGUAAACAGAAAACUCUCUCUGUCUGAGGAGAACAGAAAGGUGACAUGGAGGAGAGAGGAGCAGCCGUAUCCUGAUCACCCAGAGAGAUUUGACUCCUGGCCACAGGUGUUGUGUAGAAAAGGUCUGUCUGGAUGCUGUUACUGGGAGGUAGAGAGGAGUGGGGAAGGGGCUGGGAUAGGAGUGACAUAUAAAGGAAUCAACAAGAGAGGUUGUGACUGUUGUUUUGGAUACAAUGACAUGUCCUGGAGUCUGUUCUGUUACGAUGACAGUUACUCUGUCUGGCAUAAUAAUAAGAAAACUGUCCUACCUUUCACCUCCUCAGACUCCCACAGAGUAGGAGUGUAUCUGGAUUGGCCAGCCGGCAUUCUGUCCUUCUACAAGGUCUCCUCUGACACACUGACCCACCUGCACACAUUCAAUACCACAUUCACUGAGCCCCUCUAUCCAGGGUUUGGGGUUAGUUAUAACUCCUCAGUGUCUCUGUGUCAGAUGGUCCCUGUGUCAAACACAACAUGAUGUUUCACUCUAAUCAUGGUCUUGUUCAGUAGGACACAACAAAGUAAAACACUGACAGUAACUCUGUAGUAGUGAGUAAAUAUGACUAGAGACAUUAACAGAAUGAAUCACCACACUAGUCUAUAAAACCUUCUCAUUUAGAAAUCAUUCAUCUGGUUGUUAUUGUUUAUCAUUGGUGAAUGUUUAUUUAUUUCAUUGUUGACAAACAUUCCUGCUUCUGUAAUUGAAUUACCAUGUCCCAGAUUUGACAGAAUAAAUAAAGGUGUUUUAAAACAAA